AUGUACCCAUAUAAUAUCAACAAUACCUCUUCCCACCCACCCUACAGCAAGCCGCAUAGGGCUACAGCCAGGGGUGACUUGGAUCCAAACUCCCCACAUGCAAGGGGUUUAUGUCGCAAGUACAAUAUCAAGGUUGUGUCUGAUGACAGCAUUGGUGAUCGCACGGGCGUGGUAGCUGAGGUCGUUCAGGCAAUUGGCAAAGUGUGGGAAAGAGCUAUGGACCCCGAGGCUUCAUCCGACCCUUUGAUUAGGAAUUUGCAGGCCGCCUUUGAUAAAUUGUUGAUGAGGGGAGAUGAGUUUACCGAGAUGGAUCGUAUGGACCUGGUUUUGGCCACCUUGAGGAGGGAGAAAGACCGGUUGCGUGAACAAAUCGAUUCAGACCGUGAUCUGGUUGCAGCAAUGGACGCUACUUUAGAAGGACUACGGCCAUUCAUCCCAGACGAGAUCCCAGACAAGGGGAAGGGGAGGGACAAAAGGGAUGGACCAGGGUUUAAGUAG